AUGCCGAUCGAUGUUCAAGUGCCGGCGGUAUCGUCGCCGGUGUUCGACCUUGGCCCCGUCGACGACGAUAGCGUCCUGCAACCCGGUAUCCGUAGUCUUGUGCGAGAGCGUUUCCAUCGCCUGGUCAUUCAGGCUAGCCUGAAACGCCUUCGCGAAAUCGAACGGGCUCGGACUGGGGUACGCUCGACGGAGCACCCUCAACCGGUCGAUGCACAACGCGAGUGGAUGCUUCUGGUCCUUGAUCGCUAUGCCCUACGUAUUGUAUCCGCUGCAAUGCGCUUAUCGGAUCUGCUCAACGAGGGUGUCGCGCUUGUCGAGCGUCUCGAAUUACCGCGAGAGAAAUUUCCCAGAAUGCAUGCCAUUUAUAUUCUGCGACCUGUCGUUGAGUCCUUCACCUAUUUAUCGAAACCUUCUCGAAAUGAAUACGCCGCGAUUCACGUCUACUUCACGCGAGAUGCUUCGUCGCUGGCAGCCCAGUUGCCUGGACUGGGUCGCCCGUUGGCUCCAGAGGCAGGUGCCUCGUCGCUUCAGUACGUGUUCCCGGAGAGCAUCAGGGAUCGUGUAGUAGCGAGCGUGGAUCUGGACCUCGAUUUUCUGGCACUAGACGAACGCUACUUCAGCCUUGAUCGUCCGUUUGGGGCCCUGCACCGUCUCUACUGCCCCGACCAGGGCAGCAUGGUGAAUGAGAUGCAAACCCAGGUCGAGCAACUGGUCUCGCUGUGUUGCACCAUUGGAGCACGGCCGCUGAUUCGUUUCGCGGUAGACGCGCCGCUUUCCAAGUGGAUGGCGCACCAGCUUGAGCGAGCACUGGCAACGCACGCUCGGGCCCGAGCGUUACCCCAUAGCGCUGAUCUGAACAAGCAGGUAUCGCUGCGUACGCAACGCUCCCAAGCUCGUCGCAUGCUGCCCGGUGGAGGCGCAGCGGAAGCGAGUCGAACACCAGUACCGUGGACACUGCUGAUCGCAGAUCGCUCGUAUGAUCCGCUGGCUCCGGUGAUUCAUGAAUUCACUUACCAGGCGAUGGUUAUGGAUAUUCUUGCUGACGAAAUCGAUCGGUCGCAUGCUGGUGGUGCACGUCUACGGCACCCGUUCUUCGACAGCAGCGGCCGUGAACAGUCGCGAGAGGUGGUCAUCGACGACGUCGAGAAUGACGCACUCUUCCGAUCGAUUCGCUAUCUGCACAUGGCGGACGCGAUACCAGCGCUGACGAGUGCGUUUCAGAGGUUUCUGGACACGAAUCCAGCUGCUCGCCUGCAAAUGACCAAGGCCCGAAAAGAUGACGCUGAUGGCAACGCGAACAGCGGCGGCACUGAUGGCCUCGAUAAGACUAGCGCCAGUAGCCCCGGUACGCAGCAGAUUAACUUGAAGCAGCUCGGUGCGGCGAUUCGUGCGCUCCCACAGUACAGAGAACAGCUGAGCGCAUUCUCGCUGCACACGUACUUGGCAGGCCAGUGCAUGCGGGCGUUUCACGAACGUCAUCUCGAAGAGGUGGCGAGUCUCGAACAGGAUCUUGCCUGUGGUCGUGAUCUGGAAGGGCACCGGGUGCGCCGCGAAGCCCUCGAGCAGGCGCUCCUUCGCCUGUUUCCCGACAUCCAGCGCACCGAGAGACCCUCGAGCACCAGAGACAAGGCGGAUGCCUCAAAGGCACCUCAAGCGAUCGCUUUACCGGAUUCCGAGCGUGUGCGUCUCGUGCUGAUCGCCAUGCUCGCAAAGUAUACCGGUCAGUGUGAAUCCGCAGCGCUCUUCGAUGAGCGCAUGAUGAUGCAGCGCGCGAGGGUUUCGUCUGGGUCCGUUGAGCACCUCCUGAACGGAGCGAAGACAUUGGUCAGUUUCCGUGCACCCGUCAAUGAGUACGCACCGAAGAACUGGUGGAAACGGCGUCAAUGGCGGCGCCGAGAGCGCAAGCUGCACCGAAUGCGCAUGCAACAGGCAGACGUCCCGUACACCCUCAGCCGCUAUGUGCCUGCCUUCCGAUCCGUCAUGCAGGACUUUGCGGAUGGACGUUUGCGAGCUUCGGAAUGGCCCUUGGUCUCUGAUCACCAGGUGAAUGCCUCGGAUGGACGCACAUCAGCAGGCGCGAAUGCAUCGAGCACUGAAAGCGACACUGGCACCGAAAGCGACGAGCACACGACGCCAAAGCAGCCGAGUUCGUUUGUUGCUGGGUCGAAUCGACGACCGGGGAAGUCUGCUACACAGCGCAUCCAGCGUACCAAGUCCAUGAGCACCGGAUCCAGCGCAGGGGCAACUGUCGACGCGCAUAGGUCACCAGGAGCAACCUUUUCGACGCCUGCUGGAGCACGUCGACGUGGAAGCCAACGUGCGUUGAGCACCACGGACGCUGCCAGUGUGCAGCGUGCACAGUCGUCGCCCCUGAAAGUGGAGACGGCAGGAGGCGGUGCCAGCGGGUCACCAGCUGCUGCUGCUGCAGCUGCUGCUGCUGGUGCUGCUGACGACUACGUGGAGCGCACCCCGCGACUCGUUGUGUUUGUCGCUGGCGGCAUCAGCUACAGUGAAGCACGGUCCGCGGCACAAGUGAUGAGUCGAACCGGUCAGGAUAUCAUUCUUGGCGGCAGUGGCAUGCUGGUGCCGACCACUUACAUGCAAGCGCUCCAAGCAUUGGAUGAUCGAGACGCGGCUUGUCGACUGGAGCGCCUCCCCGUCGAUCCGGAGUUGGAAGCAGCGCUCGCGGAUGCCCGCUCAUCCACCGAAACGAGUGAUGCAGGGGCCCCUGCUGCAUCCGAGCGUACCGGACUGCGUCGUUCUGGACGUCAGGCACGAGUGCAACGUCGCGGACAGUGGAAUAACCGUGGCGGAGGGCGCAGCGCUUCAUGGUUUCGCAGCAUAUGCGGUGUCUGCUGUUUCGGAGGCGCGGAAAACAACGAUGAGGAGCCUUCGCGCCCGGCUUGA